AUAUCACUUGUCAUUCCAUAUCUUAUUAUACAAACUCUUCUUGAAAGUUGAAGAAGAAACAAAAAGAAGUUAGCUUAAUUCUUCUAUUCCCAACUUUUUAGAGAAUUCCAAUUUUGUCAAAGUUCUUUUUGUUCGUUCUCUCAUACAUAGCAAGUCUAAAAAUCUCUUUAGGUUUUAGCCUAUUUUCUUGAAACAAUGAAGCAAUUUCUUUUACUUUCUCUUUUGCUUUUAUCCACUUUAGUUCAUGAAGCACAAGCAAGGAAUAUUCCCAAGUCAAAGGAAAAUGCUUUGAAAGAAAGAAGUGAUGAAGGAGGUUCUAAAGAAGUCAAUAUUCUUUGCAAAGAUGGCCACUGUUCAUCAUCAGGAAGAAAUAGAAAACUUAUGACAAAAACAACCUCUACUAUUAGUCCAAUUACCUCAACUACUACUACAACAAAGAAUAUCAAGAAUGAAGGAAAUAAAGCUCAUGACACAACAACAAUAUCGAAAGAUCAAACAAGUAGUGAAAAUUUCUCUGUCAAUUCAUCACCAGAAACCGGUCACCGGAAAAUAUCCUCCGAUCAUCCCGACGUGCUAGAUUUAGCCGGAAUGGAUUAUUCUCCGGCCAAGAGAAAACCUCCAAUUCACAAUUAAGAUAUUAAAUGAAGAACAUUAUUGGAAAAAUAUUUUUACGUACUUGAAAAAAUAUAUUUGUAGUUGAAAAAAUAUAUUUUAGUUGAAAAAAAAAAGAAUAUAAUUGUAGCACUUUAAUUAGUAAAAAAAUAUAAGAGUAGUGGAAACAGCAUUCAGAAAUGAAGCCCUUGUUUUAGGAUUAGGAAGAUUUUUGUACAUAAAAUAUUGUCAUUAGUUAUAUAUUAUUAGUUGAUA